AGGCCCAACAUGGCGCAGGAGGUGUCGGAGUACCUGAGCCAGAACCCGCGGGUGGCCGCCUGGGUGGAGGCGCUGCGCUGCGACGGCGAGACCGACAAACACUGGCGCCACCGCAGGGAGUUUCUGCUCCGCAACGCCGGGGACUUGGCCCCCGCCGGCGGCGCUGCCUCCGCUAACCAGGAGGAGGCCGCCGACGCCGGGAGCGGGACCCGCAAUCGGCAGCUGCAGCAGCUCAUCUCCUUUUCCAUGGCGUGGGCCAACCACGUCUUCCUCGGGUGCCGGUACCCCCAAAAAGUUAUGGAUAAAAUACUUAGUAUGGCUGAAGGCAUCAAAGUGACAGAUGCUCCAAUCCAUACAACAAGAGACGAACUGGUUGCCAAGGUGAAGAAAAGAGGGAUAUCGAGUAGCAAUGAAGGGGUAGAAGAGCCAACGAAAAAACGAGCCCUAGAAGGAAAGGGCAGUUCUGCAGUUGAGCAAGAUCAUGCAAAAAUUCCUGCCAAAACAGACCGCACAUCAGCUCAGCAGGAAAACAUCUCAGCGUGUUCAGGGUCAUCUACCAAGUCAGAGAGUGGUGGGAACUCGAGUCGGAGCUCUGGCACCCCGAGUCAGAAUAGCUCCACAAGUGAUGGAGAUCGAUCUGUUUCCAGCCAAAGCAGCAGCAGCACUUCCUCUCAGGUAACAACGGUAGGUCCUGGAAAAGCUGAAUCGGAAGCUCCAGAUAAACAUGGUUCAGUGUCGUUUGUUUCUUCAUUGUUGAAGUCCAGUGUGAAUAGUCACGUGACCCAGUCCACUGAUUCCAGACAACAGAGUGGCUCACCGAAAAAGAGUGCUUUGGAAGGCCCUUCAGUCUUAGUUUCUCAGAGCAUCUCAGAGAUCGAGGUGCCCUUGUUGGGCUCCUCAGGAAGCUCAGAAGUAGAGCUGCCACUGUUGUCUUCCAAACCUAGUUCAGAGACAGCUUCAAGUGAGUUAACUUCCAAAACUAGUUCAGAGGCAAGUGUUUCAUCAUCGGUUUCUAAAAACAGUUCCUCAUCAGGCACAUCUUUACUAACUCCCAAGAGCAGCACCUCAACAAACACAUCGAUGCUGACUUCCAAAAGCACUUCGCAGGUCGCUGCAUCACUGUUAGCUUCCAAGAGCAGCUCCCAGACCAGUGGCGCUCUCAUUUCUAAGAGCACUUCCAUAGCAGGUGUGUCCCAGCUGGCUUCUAAGAGUAGUUCUCAGACUAGCACGUCACAGUUGCCUUCUAAAAGUGCUACACAGUCAAGUGAGAGUUCUGUGAAAUUCUCUUGCUGCAAGUUAACCAAUGAAGAUGUGAAACAGAAGCAACCUUUUUUCAAUAGACUGUAUAAAACGGUGGCGUGGAAGUUGGUGGCCGUUGGUGGCUUUAGUCCCAGUGUGAAUCAUGGAGAGCUCCUAAAUGCAGCUAUUGAGGCCCUGAAAGCAACACUGGAUGUGUUUUUUGUCCCACUGAAAGAACUGGCAGAUCUGCCUCAAAAUAAAAGCUCUCAAGAAAGUAUUGUUUGUGAAUUGAGGUGUAAGUCUGUGUAUUUGGGCACUGGCUGUGGAAAAAGCAAAGAAAACGCAAAAGCAGUUGCAUCAAGAGAAGCAUUGAAGUUAUUUCUCAAGAAAAAGGUGGUGGUAAAAAUCUGUAAAAGGAAAUACAGAGGCAGUGAAAUAGAAGACCUAGUACUCCUCGACGAAGAGUCAAGGCCUGUAAACUUACCUCCAGCAUUAAAACAUCCUCAAGAAUUACUGUAAACUGUCCAGCAUAUCACUGCAUUCAGUAUCUGGUAUUUGAAGAGAAAAACUGGCUUACUUUUGUAUGAUACAAAACACAGGCUUUCACAAAUUUUGUAUUGCUUUUUUUCCAGUUUUGCAGAAAAUUUACAUUCUAGUUCUUUUCACACAGCGCAAGUUGUAAAUAAUUUGUGAAUGACAGUACACGUUAAAUGGUGUAUGCAUUAACAGCAUACCAGUAUGCCAUUUUAUUUGCUGAAGGAAAUACUGUCAUCUAUUUUUAAUGAUACAUUAGGUACGAUGUGUAGUUCUGUAGAGUCUUAAAACUUUUGUACUACUUUCAAUUUGGUGAAAAUGUAUUCAGUUGUCUACCAUGCUUUUUCUUUCCUAGCUGAAUAAACCUUCACAUUAAAGAAAAGGGGACCAUGGUAUUUGAAUGUCUGAAAGUCUGUGAAGCUUAAGGUUUAAAGAAUGUUGCCCAUAAUGUUGAGCUUGUCUGUUAAAGAAUAAAAGAAAAAAUAGUUGCCUCAGACUAUUUUUAUGAGAAGUUGUAAGCAUUUUUUAGAUAUAAAGCAGUAUAAAGUACUUAAGGUAAUUUUAUUCUGAAGUUGUUUAAAAUUCACCAUGAUUUUGACUGCUGCAGAUUCUUUAAGUGGGUUAAUUUAUGUUUUGAGGUAAAAUACAAUUUACACUUUUUCUUAAGGACAUAAAUGUGGGUUUCUAUAUUAAGCCUAUUUUGUGACUACUACUAUUAACAGAUUGAUUUGUUUAGAAAUUAAAUGCUUUAAGCUAUUUUACCUUUUCAAGAA